UCCGGUUCCAGACGGACUCUCUUGUGCCGGGUUUUCGUCCCGCCCUCUUCAGAUCAAUGAAUUCGCAUCGCCAAACUCAUCGCGCACAGUGAGCGAGCGGCGCGGCGCGUCAGUCAGUCAGAGGAACCGCCGCGUGUGUCUGUCCGCGUCACGACCGGGAUCGAGGAUGGAGAAUCGCGCUGUUUAACGGCUCGGUAACGCUCGCGCUGAUCUUUUCCAUUCACGGGAGCGGAGGAUCCUGAAUUGUGCGGAUUGAUUGAUUGAUUAAUAGCGGAUUUUGCGGUGAUUUUGACCAUCAUGGGCUGCGUCACUGGAGAUAUUCACCCGUGCAGACUUUACGCACUCCUCAUCGGGCUGCAUGUUCUCACCUGUGUCUCCAAAACGCACGGCUCGGAUCCUCGGCGGGCUUUCGUGGAGCUGCGUUUCGUGCUGGAGCCGCAGGACAUGGUGACGGUUCGGGGCGGCGUUCUGCAGCUGGACUGCGAGGCGCGUUCGGAUCAGGGCGUUCCGGUCAUCGCGUGGAAGAAGGACGGCGUUCUGCUGAGCGCGGUGGUGGACGAGCGCAGGCAGCAGCUGUCGAACGGAUCGCUCCUCGUGCAGAACGUGCUGCACUCGCGACACCACCGGCCGGACGAGGGAUCGUACCAGUGCCUGGCCACGCUGGAGGGCGUCGGCGCCAUCGUCAGCCGAACCGCUAAAGUCACCGUCGCCGGUCCUCUGCGCGUGGUCGUCCCCACCGAAUCGGUUUCGGCUCAUCUGGGCGACACGGCUCUGCUGCGCUGCGAGGUGACGGGUGAGCCCAUGCCCGUGGUGCGCUGGCAGAAGAACCGGGAGGACCUGCCCUUGACCUUUGACCCCGACAGCAGAGUGCUCGUCCUGCCGUCCGGAUCUCUGCAGGUCAGCAGGGUUCAGCCGCCCGACUCGGCCACGUACCGCUGCUUAGCCGAGAACCCCGGCAGCGCCCGCACCGGCACAGACGCGGACCUGCGCGUGAUACCGGAGCCCGGAGUAGUGCGAUCGCUGACGUUCCUCCAGAGGCCUCAGAAGGUCACGGCUCUACAGGGCAGAGAUGCGGUUCUAGAAUGUUCCGCCUCCGGCUAUCCCAACCCAUCCUUCUACUGGAUGAGAGGAAACGAGAUGAUCCAGAGCAGAUCAAAGAAAUACUCUCUCCUGAGCGGCAGCAACCUGCUGAUCAGCAGCGUCACGGACGACGAUUCGGGAACGUACACCUGCGUCGCUCACAACAAACAGCAGAACAUCUCUGCGUCCUGCGAUCUCUCGGUGCUCGUGCCGCCUCAGUUCCUCAACUACCCGUCGAACACGUACGCGUAUGAAAGCACGGAUAUCGAGAUGGAGUGUGCCGUAACGGGAAACCCGCAACCCACCGUCCGCUGGGUGAAGAACGGAGAGGCCGUCAUUCCCAGCGACUACUUCCAGAUCGUGGACGGCGGUCAUCUCCAGAUUCUGGGUCUGGUUCGCUCCGAUGAGGGUUUCUAUCAGUGUAUCGCUGAGAACGAGGCUGGAAACAGUCAGGCGAUGGCUCAACUCAUCCUGCUGCAGCUCGUUACCCCGAGCUCAGGCGUCCUUCCCUCCGCUCCCCGUGACGUGGCCCCCGUCCUCGUGUCCAGCCGCUUCGUGCGCCUCGGCUGGCGCCCCGCGGAGGAGACGCGCGGGACCGUCCUGACGUACGGCGUCUUCUACUCCGAGGAGGGAAUCAACAGAGAGCGCAGCGUCAAUGUGACGGAGGCCGAGAGUUUGCAGCUGACGGUCAGUAAUCUGCGACCGGAGGCCACGUACUCGUUCAGGGUGGUGGCGUAUAACGAGCAGGGACCCGGAGAGAGUUCAGAGGCCAUACGACUGUCCACUCAACCCGAGCUUCUGGUUCCCGGUCCAGUGGAGAACCUGCAGGCAGAAGCAGCGUCUCCGACGUCCAUCCAGGCGUCCUGGGAUCCUCCGGCCCACGGCAACGGCCCCAUCCAGAGCUACCGGCUGCUGUGGACCGAGACCUCCAGCGGAAAAGAGCAGAACGUGGAGGUCGUGGGUCAGAGCUACAGGAUGGAGGGACUGAAGAAGUUCGCCGAGUAUUCGUUACGAGUGCUGGCGGUCAAUCGGCACGGACCCGGCCUCUCCGAUAAAGACACGCUCAUCACCACGCUCUCAGACGUGCCCAGCGCUCCACCGCAGAACAUCUCACUGGAGGUCGUCUACUCGCGGAGCAUUAAGGUGAGCUGGCAGCCGCCGCCUGCAAACACACAGAACGGAUUCAUCACCGGAUACAAGAUCCGCCAUCGCAAAACGGGCCGACGGGGGGAACAGGAAGCCAUCGAACCCAACAACCUGUGGUACCUGUUCACCGGAUUGGAGAAAGGCAGCCAGUACAGCUUCCAGGUGGCAGCCAUGACGGUCAAUGGCACGGGGCCCAGCAGCGAAUGGCACACGGCCGAGACGCCGGAGAACGACCUGGACGAAACUCAAGUUCCUAACCAGCCGAGCUCUCUGCACGUGCGUCCGCUGCCCAACAGCAUCAUCAUGAGCUGGACGCCGCCCCUCAACCCCAACAUCCUGGUGCGCGGCUACAUCAUCGGCUACGGAGUGGGCAGCCCGUACGCAGAGACCGUGAGAGUGGACAGCAAGCAGCGCUACUACUCCAUCGAGAACUUGGAGCCCAGCUCUCAUUACGUCAUCUCUCUGAAGGCCUUCAAUAACGCGGGCGAAGGAGUUCCUCUGUACGAGAGCGCUGUCACCAGAUCCAUGUCAGACCCCUCGGACCCGUCCGAUGACGAUCUGUUCCAUCUGUUUGAUAAAUUCCCUACCCCCAUCCCAGAUACGUCCACGCCCAUGAUUCCUCCCGUAGGUGUGCAGGCCGUGGCGCUCACGUCCGACUCGGUGCGCGUCAGCUGGGCCGAUAACUCCAUUCCCAAGAACCAGAAGUCCUCGGAGGUGCGCUACUACUCCGUCAAGUGGAAGACCAGCCACUCCACCAGCGGCAAAUACAAGUCGGCCGACACUACAGCUCUCAGUCACACCGUCACGGGUCUGAAGCCCAACACCAUGUACGAGUUCUCAGUCAUGGUGACCAAAGGACGCAAGUCCAGCACAUGGAGUAUGACGGCACACGCCACCACAUAUGAAGCAGCACCGAGCUCCGCCCCUAAGGACCUGACUGUGAUUGGCCGAGAGGGACGUCCACGAGCCAUUCUGAUUAGCUGGCAGCCGCCGCUGGAGGCCAACGGACGAAUCACAGGUUAUAUCCUGUACUACACGCUGGACAAGAACAUGCCCAUCGACGACUGGGUGAUGGAGCCCAUCGGCGGAGACCGGCUCACGCACCAGGUCCUGGACCUCAACCUGGACACCGUCUACUACUUCCGCAUCCAGGCCAAGAACGCCAAAGGAGUGGGGCCGCUGUCGGAGCCCGUGCAGUACAGGACGGCCAAAGUUGAGCAUCCGGACAAGAUGGCCAAUGAUCAAGGUCGUCAUGGAGACAGCGGUUACUGGCCUUCUGACAAUAACCCCAUUGACAUGAGCAGCAUGAACGGUGAGACGCAGCCUCCCAUCGGUCAGAUGCGGCCGCCGCACGGCAGCGUGACGCCGCAGAAGAACAGCAAUCUGCUGGUCAUCAUCGUUGUUUCCGUGGGAGCCGUUACCGUGGUAGUGGUGGUGAUCGUCGCCCUGAUUUGCACCCGCCGCUCCUCCGCACAGCAGAGGAAGAAACGUGCGACACACAGCGCCGGGAAGCGGAAGGGCAGCCAGAAAGACCUCCGACCUCCUGACCUCUGGAUCCACCAUGAGGAGAUGGAGCUGAAGAACAUGGAGAAGCCCUCGAGCUCCGCCCCCUCCGGCCGCGAGUCGCCCAUCCAGAGCUGCCAGGAGAUGGCGCCGGUCAGCCACAGCCAAUCGGAGAGCCAGAUGGGCAGCAAGAGCAGCCACUCAGGUGCCGACGGGGACGAGGCCUCCAGCAGCAUUUCCACGUUGGAGCGAUCGUUAGCCGCCCGCAGGGCCACGCGCACCAAGAUGAUGAUUCCCAUGGACUCUCAGCCCAGCAACACACCGGUGGUCAGUGCCAUCCCGGUGCCCACACUGGACAGCAGUCAGUAUCCGGGUAUCCUGCCGUCGCCCACCUGCGGGUUCACAACACACCCCAAAUUCACCCUGCGGCCCAUGCCGUUCUCCACGCUGAGUGUCGACCGCAGUUACGCUACAGCGAUGUCAGCGGAGGGCGCCGCUCCAAUGGCCCCGCAGCAACCGCAGCCUCUGAUUCCCACGGCGCAGUCGGAGCCGUCGGGGUCGGAAGAGAUUCCCAGCCGCACCAUCCCGACCGCCUGCGUGCGGCCCACGCAUCCCCUGCGCAGCUUCACCAACCCGCUCCUGCCUCCGCCCAUGGGCACCAUCGAGCCCAAGGUCUACACGCCCAUGACAGGUGGAAGUUUACCCAAACCGCAGGUGAAGACGGCCUCGUUGGGUCAGGCCGGGAAGGCGCGCUCUCCGUUACUGCCCGUUUCAGUGCCGACGGCUCCCGAGACGGCCGAAGACGGACAGAAACAGCCCGACGACCCGGCCAGCGUGUACGAGCAGGACGAUCUGAGCGAGCAGAUGGCCAGUCUGGAAGGUCUGAUGAAGCAGCUCAACGCCAUCACGGGUUCGGCCUUUUAACGCAAACGCACGCGGACGCCGAGGAGCCCACGCCCGGAACGAGGAAGCGCAGACUCUCUGGCGUUCACGCUCCUCUCUGAUUCACCCCGACCCUCAAACGGGAUUUAAAAGGGAAAAUGACUCCGAAACCGAAGCGCUGGAGAAGAAGCGUCUCUUUUCUAACACUGUCUGAGAUUUUAUACUCGUUUAUGUACACGGCCGUGUGAAUCCAUCCCGCUGAACGCAGAUCCAUCCAGGAUGAAGACUGUGAGGAUUUUUGACUUUCAUCUACUAAUGGGAUUAUUAGCGAUUCAUCUCAACUGAUCGGAGUUGCCAAAAUGCAAACCCUCUGAACGUUUCAUUGCCAAUCUAUUGCUGCCAAAAUCCCUUAAAUACACUUUACUGGGGAUCUGUAUAUUCCUACUAGAAAGAGGUCGGAUGAAACGGACACGCCGUCGGCGUGGAGGAGAAAGCGGAUCCUUUUGCUCUCGCGGCACUGGUUUUGUUGCAGAUUUUCGUCUUGUUUGUAAUCACGUGUCUUUGUCAUUCUCUGUAUGACACAAACGCCAUAUUGGUUUAUUAUUUUACAGCAGUGAAACUGUAAAUCCCUGCGGUGUGAUCUUCAUUUCACGUGUUUCGUCUCCAUCCAGGGAUCAAUAACCCACGAUUGCUGCCAAAAAUAAUGCUCUUCCUCAGUAUCUUCACUUUGUUUUCCAGUAAAAAUGUCUAAAUACUCUAAAAUCAAGAUGCAUUUACUUCUGAAAAAGGUAUAAAAUGUAUGCUUAAAACAAGAAAAGUCUACCAGUGCAGUCAGAAAAAUAAAUAAAGUUUAUUUUUCUCGACCUGUUCGCAGAUGUUUUUUCUUGUUUUAAGCAUAAAUUCACUUAAGUUGUUUAGACUUCAUUUUGUUUCUCCAAUAAAUACAAUUAGAUUUUCUUUCUUUAAAAAAAGGCCAAAAUAUUUUAUUUAUAUUUGCAAAAUGAGUUUCAAAAUAUAUACGUAAAUAUGUUUUCUGCCAAUAUAUUUUUUGGCCAUUUUUGUAUAUUUUUAAAAAUAUUUUUAAAUAUAUAUUUUAAAACAUUAAAAAAAUUAUUUUGCCCUUCAUAUUUUUCAAAUGCAUUUACAUUUCACAUUUUGAGAAAAACUUUAUUUGCUCAUCUAUAACACGUGUGAACAUUUAUUUAAAAAAUACAGGUUACUGUAAGUAUUUUCUCACCCCAAAAAUACAUUUUGAAAUAUUUUAGUAAGAUUUUUAAUUUUUAAAAUAUAUUUAAUUUAUAUUUAAAAUGUAUUUUAGAUAUUUGUACUGGAAAGCAAGACAGAAAUACUGAAGAAGAAAAUGUUUUUGGUGUGGCCGUGAUCAGUCAGCUGUUGGAGGGUGAAAGAGGAAGACAAACAUGGCAGACGAGUGAAUUCAUUUGUUAAAUAAUGCUAAUGUGACGUUUGAUGCGUCACACACCAUCAGUUCGACUGCUUUUCUGUUCAUCUCUUCAUCGUUUUUUUUUAAGAGCAGAAGAGACUUUUUAUGUGCCUAUAUAUAUUUUUUGUUCACUUUUGGGUCACUUUAUUUGCCGUGCCGCGAGACAAAAGAAGAACGCUGAGCGGAGGAUGAAGCGCGUCCCUAUAUUUGAUAUUUUUCUGGUAGCGUACAGAUCCUGUAGCGACACGCUGUUUUUUACUGUACAGAUGCACCGAGCGAUUGAUGGACUGAUCGCUGCGGCGUCAUGGACUCGGGACGGGCGGGCGUCGGGUUUCUACGAUAUAUUUAAUAUAUGAUUUAGAUUGUUCCUUUUACGGUAAUUUAUGAAGACGAUGUGAUGAAUUCUAGAGCUUUUAUUUAGCCCAUUAGGAGAGUAAAGGAGGAAUUCUGGGACGGAUUUUCACUGUGUUUUUGAACGAAGAUAUUUUCAGCGUCGUAACACAUCUUCAGCUGUCUGGCGUUUUCUGUGCGUCACGUUAAAUGUGAUCGACAACAUUCCUGCCGAACGUGAGAUUCGAGGCGUUUGGAUUCUCCCAUAAUGUUCCGUCUGAAAUCCAGCAGCAUUUUUUUGUUCAUGAACAUAAAGUUUGUGUCGAUCUCAUUUCCUCACGGUCUGUUCAUCUUUCUCACAGUGAAGAUUCACAGUUCCUGCUUUAAAGGAAAAGGUCACAUGAAAAUAAUGUUGUUUCAAACCAUGAAUAACUAAAGGAGGACCUUACAGCUCUUCUCUGCAUCUGUUCGCGGUGAUCGUGACUGUUAGAAAAAUAAAGUAAUUGCGACUUUGUAAUCUCACAAUUCUGACUUUUUGCAGUUCUGACAAAAAAAGUAAUAUUUGUUGCGAGUUUAUUUCCUGCACUUCUGAGUUUUUUUGUUUUACAGUUUUCAGUAUUGCGAGAUAUAAACUCAAAAAUUGUAACAAACUCGUAAUUGUAGGGAGAAAGUCAGAACUGUCAGACGAAAACUCACAAUUACCUUUUUUGUUUUUAUUCUGUCAUGCAGAACCCCCUGAAUUGUAAGAAAAAAGUCAGAAUUGUGAGAUACAAACUCACAUUUUUGUUCUAAAUUGCAAGUUCAUAUAUUCCAGUUUUUUUUCUCAGAAUUGCACGUUUGCAAUUUUCACAAUUCUUAGAAUUCUGAGUUUACAGAAUCUCAAAACGGCAAGAAAAUAGUCUGAAUUGUGAGUUAGAGCUCAGUUCAGUUUCUCAUGAAUACAGCACACACAUUUUUAUUGACAUUGUUCCUUUAAUGGUGUAGAAUUGAGCAGCGUGUCAUACGGGUUUGAACAGCCUUCAUUUUCCAGUGAGCUCUUCCUGAAAUCGUGCAGUGCCGGGGCUGAUGGGAUUGAUUCCUGAUCAGCUGAUCAUGUUUGUGUCUCAGAAUCACCUUCAUGCAGUGACUAAUUAAUUAGCCGUGUUAAUUCUAGGAUCAGAAGGCCAGCGUUGAGGAUCACGAGCAGGCGUGUUAGACGGAAUCAUUCUUAUGUGUAUUUUACUUCAUCCUUAAAUUGUCCAAUGUUAGCGUCGUUAACCAAAUUAGAGUAGUGAUUGAGAUCUGAGAUGCGGUUUUCCACGUGAAGGAAGGCGUGGAGCCGCUGACGAGUCGAACCCUCCGGCUGUUUCUACCAUGACGUUGUAUACAAUUACUGGUUUUGUAAUGCACUGUAGAACAGUCCAAUGUUCCUUUUUAUAUAGAAAUGUUAUUUGAAUGGUGCAUUCUUUUUGUUUGAUAAAU